AUGUCCUUAAAUACUUCUAUGCCCUAUUACCGCAAUUCCUCUAGAGAAGUUAAGGCUAUUAAAGAAAUUGUGUAGGCUGAGGCAAUCAAAAGUGCCAGAUUGCUCAGCAGAGACAAAGUCAAAGUCAAACAAAAUACAUCGAUUGGAGAUUUGAAUAGAAGUAAAGGAAAAGUUAAUAAUUCGUUUUAUGACAAUAGAAAUAAUUCUUAGAUUGACAAUUCAAACAAUCUAUCUGGUUAUUUAGCCAAUGCUUUUUAGGAAAGAAAGGAAAAUAUACAAAGGAUCUAGAUGUAGGAUAUCACAAACAAGAAUAAAUUCGAUGAAAACAAACAGAGAGAAAUCAAAUAUCUAAUGAGGAUUGCAGCAUUAGAGAAAGAAUCUUCAAAACUAACUGAAUUGGCAACUAAAUUGAAGAAGGAGAAUUAAUAAUUGAAAUAAUCAAAUAAUCAAGAUUUGAUCAUAUAUCAGUUACAAGAAGCUCUAAAUAUGUCGAAGAAUGAAAAUUUAGCUCUUAAAAAAUAAAUUACUUAACUUUAGAAUUCUAAUACCACAUGCUUUAAUAAUAGUGUUUAUCGAAUGUAAAAAUAAUAAACUCAAAACACAAAUUAAACUAUUAAUACUACAAAUAAUAUAUCUCAGGAUAAUAUUAAAUUUAAAGAGUAUAUUCCCAGUUAUUUGGUUGCUCUAAGCUUAGCUGGAUGA